AGGCUUCCAAGUUUUUUGUUGGAUAUAUGUUAGAGAAUUACAAAAGUACCUUAAGAAUGAUUUCAUCUAUAUUCCCUUUUUUAAUAGUGACAGAGAUGUCAGCACCAUCUAUGAAAGAAAGAAAAGCUUGCUGGGAUGCAAGAGAUAUCUAUUGGAAAUGCUUAGAUGAAAAUAUGAAAGAUACAUCAAAAUGUGACAAAUUGAGAGGUUCUUUUGAAAAUUUAUGCCCACAGCAGUGGGUUAAAUACUUUAACAAAAGAAGAGAUUUUUUACAAUAUAAAGCACAAAUGGAAUCAGGACAAUUUCUGCCUUCAGAGAAAACGGAGAAGUCAUAGCAACUAGACAACUUUUACAAUAUUGGACACAAGGGAAGUUGCAGAAGAGCAGCAUAGUUGAAGAACAUAAAUGUUAGCACUGGCAAUGUCCUGUAAAUUUUAAAAGUUGUCCUUGUUUAUAAAUCCCAUACUGGCCUUAAAACUCCAUCUUCCGUUAUUUGAAAUGCUCAUUGGAGAGAAGAGGCACUUAGGAAAGUAUGCUUAUCUUUCAUCACUAAAAGGCUACACCAUCAAUAAAGUCAAAAUAAAUGAACUGUAUAAAUUCAAA